CCUUCCUUGCAGAGAUCUUUAUAUUAUUAUAUACCCCCCUUUCCCGUCCGUUCCUGGCAUCGCCGUCCCGUCGCACCGAGAGACAAGCUCAAGAAAGAGAGAGAGAGCGCCCGCCGCCGCCGCAUUUGCUCCCGAGAGCGAGCGACCAUGACGCAGCCGCCGCUCGGCAAGAAGACCAAGGGGCGGCAGCGCAGGGAGAACCGCCGGGUGGAGGACAAGGAGUCCCGGCAGGUGACCUUCUCCAAGCGCAAGUCCGGGCUCUGGAAGAAGGCCGCGGAGCUCGCCAUUCUCUGCCGCGCCAGCCUCGCCAUCGUCGUCUUCUCCGAGGCCGGCAAGGCGUUCGCCUUCGGCAGCCCCUCCACCGACGCCGUCCUGGGAUGCGCCGACGUGGACGGCGACGGCGCCCUCGCUCCUGUUCCUGCUGCUGACGACGUGGAGUGGGAGGCCCUGGAGGCGCUGUGCCGGGAGACGGAGGCCAUGGGCGUGGAGGUCGCGGCGGAGGCCCAGCGGAUGAGCGCCGUCGGGAAGAAGGUGGUGGAGGUACAGACGCAGGCGGGGAAGCGCUUCUGGUGGGAGGCGGACGUCGAGGCGCUCGGGGAGGCGGAGCUGCCCGUGUUCGCCAGGGCGCUCCAGCGCCUCCGGGACAACGUGCGCCGCCACGCCGACAAGAUGCCCUCCGCUGCUCCACCGCUGCAGUAGUCCAGGGCAGGCCGAGCUUCGGCUAAUUGCCAGUGUUCUUAGAUCAUCUUUGCUUGUACUAGUAAGAUUAGUGGGGAUUAUCGUUGACGAGUACAAUUGAACUUACUGGUUUCAAGAUUAAUAAGUUGUUUUCUUCUCA